CGGUGUGUUGGUACGUCUAGUGGUUUACGUUCGCGUUCGGGUCGCAUAUAAAGUGACCGCUUUGAUGUUACCCAACCUUAAUCGUCGAAUCCAGUCGAGAAGCAGUCUUGCUAUAGAACGGACGCGAGUCAUUAGCAACAAAUCCAUUCCGGUUUGUUUCAUGUACUGAUUUUGAGUAUUCGGGUCGGUCUAACAUCGCAAUAGUUGAAAGUGCACCGGACUUGAACCGGACACCCGGCGAUUCAAUAUUCAAUUAUUGUCCAAGAGUGUGAUUUUAUCUGCUGUGCAGAAAUUCUGUGAAUCCCAUCGCUUUGGGCGCAACUGGUGAAAGACUUGCUGUCGCUUUUUUAGUGUUGCACCUUGAUCGGACGCGUCUCGUCGACGUGGUGUUGCAAUUGUUGUUACGGUUUAAUAGCACCGAUUGGAAAGUUUAAUUUUCUGUUAAAUAUUUAAAAGUUGCGACUUAACAAGCCGGUGAAAAAGGUGCUUGUCGCUUGAAUAUAUUUGUUACACGUGAAUCAAACGAAAGGAAGGUUUAAAAUGUCGACUUCUUGGGGAUACACUGAACUGAAUGGACCUCAUGUCUGGCCGGAAAUGUACCCACAGGCCGCCGGCAAACGUCAAUCGCCGAUAGACAUUGUCACAGACAAAACGCAGCAGUCGAGCGACUUGAAGCAGAACCCGCUGCGCUGGACGUACGUCCCGGAGAACACACGCAGCCUGGUAAAUCCGGGCUACUGCUGGCGCGUAGAUGUCAACGGCAAGGGAUCCCAGCUGACCGGCGGACCGCUGAACGACGAAAUCUUCGUCCUGGAGCAGUUCCAUGCACACUGGGGCUGCUCGGACCGUCGCGGCUCGGAGCAUACGGUGGAUGGAGUUUCCUAUGCGGGCGAGCUGCAUCUCGUUCACUGGAACCAGAGCAAGUACAAAAGCUUCGCCGAAGCUGCCGGACAACCCGAUGGGCUGGCUGUGUUGGGAGUUUUUCUGCAGGUCGGCAGGCCACACCCGGAGCUGGAUGCAAUUGCGAAGCUAUUGCCCUUCAUCACACACAAGGGUGACAAAGUUACCAUCAACAAGCCAUUGGAUCCGGCCAACCUGCUACCCAACGGAAAGGCCUACUGGACCUACCACGGCUCGUUGACCACUCCACCGUGUACGGAAUCGGUUACCUGGAUCCUGUUCAAGGAUCCCAUCGACGUGUCCCACGACCAGCUGGAACUGUUCCGUGAGAUGCGUUGCUAUGAUGCCCGGGAGGACUGCCCCUGUGACGACUCGCUGCACAAGACGUUCGAGUACGGCAAGGUGGUCAACAACUACCGGCCACCACUGGAGUUGAACAAUCGCGAGCUGCGCGAGUUCGGAGGUCACUAAGCGUUUGACAACCGCCGAACUAAGCACAUCAUCACCGGACCCUGUUGUGUAGAACUACAUAUGAUAUGGAUAUCUAUUUGUAGAUAUAGUCUUACAUUGCGCCUAGUGCGAUUGAGUUUUGUCGUUGUGCAACGAUUGAAAAGCAAUAACAUGUUACACUACUUGUUCACGUUGUCGAGUGUGUCUGUUUCAACACGAUUGUGAAAAGUGAACAAACCAAUAAGCAAAACUUCUGUGUUGUUAGUAACGGUUGAUAUAUGCAUGUACAAGAUACGGAUCCGUCAGAUUUGAAUACGAUGAAAACGAUCCUAUAGAUGUUGAUUUCUAUAAAUUUAAAGUUUCUUUUUAUGUAACCAAUUGGAUUUUUAUUACUAAAGAAUUAUCGUAUUGAAAUUAUAACACACUUAAGGACAGACAGGUUUUAAGUUACGGCUGAGCUCGGUAGCAUAGCCCCACACUAAGGAGCAGGUGCAGUGCAAUCCAGAAGAAUCAUUGGAAUUUGUUUUUAUUCAAAACUUGUUUAAUACGCGUUGGACCGGUACACACAUAAUAUUAUAUUAAUAUUCCGGUGGUACUGUAGUUGACAAUCGGAGUAAUUCAGUUGGCCAUUUAUUGUUACGUAAAAUUGUUGUUAGGUUAAACAUAUUUUCUAAUACGUAUAUUGUUUCGGUCCAUUUAUUAACACUUUGAAAGUCGAGUUUUACUAAAACUGAAAAAAAAACCUAGAAAGUGCCUAUUACUGUAUAGAAAUGGUGAAAAGAUAAGAGCAGUCGGCAAGUUAACAAACGAGUAAUCGAACCGUAAACAGUAUUUCAGGGAACUGGUAGUCAAUUAAUCGCAUCGCGUGACAAUGACCCCGGCAAACAAUAGAGCAGAUAAAGUUUAGUAGAACCUUUACUAGCAACUCCCAAAAUAUUAUACAGUUUUUGUGCCGCUUAACAGAUGAGUGCUGUUGUAUUAGCACCCAGAAGUAGGAAACAAAUAACGCUCUGUUAGCACCAAGAGAAUAAUGUUAGAAAACAUAUUACUAUUGUGACCAUUAUUUGAAAAAAUAUAUAUUUGGACCAACACCUAGUUGAUAGCAUGCGAAAA